GAAGAGGAGGGGGCGUGACCAGGUUUUUCCUUGACAGUCGUAACGUAGUAGCAGGUUUUGGUACCCAUCACUGAAAUAUUUUACAAAUCAAUCAGCUCCUUUAAGAGCCAGUUUCUUUUUCCUCCUCUCUCUUUCCUGUUUUGAUUUAUUUGUGCUUUUACUUUAUACUUAUAUUAUCUAAAAACAUCUACAAAUGGCAUCGGAGUCAUUAAAACAAUUCAAUGAAUGGCUGGAAGCAGCAAAAACCAUGGCUGAUGAGUUGGAAACCCAAAAAACUAAAAAGAAAAGGAAAAAAAGGGGCACUGAAGUCUCCACUGUUUCCUGGAGGAAGAGAGACCAGCAUGGGAACAUCCUUCCACAACGUGUCAGGAAGAAUCGAUCUGUUAAACCUGCCAGCACUAGGGAGCUCUCAGAGGUUGAGGAGGUGCAAAUAAAUGACAUUCCGCAACAGGGUCCAAGUCUUGAUCAACAUCUUCAGAAGCUAAAAGACCUGUUAACUUCUGUCAUUGUCUCUGCAUCAGUGGAAGUAGAAGAGACACCUACCUUGUCUGCAUGGACCAAAAGACAGGUCAUCUCUGAAAGAAAAUUCAGGGCUGCAAUGCCAGAGAUCUUAAAUGGCAUGUUGGUUGCAGAGACAGUAACCCAGCAUUGCUGUCAACAAUGCAAAACUGUUGAUGCUGUUGUCCGGUGCCUAGACUGUGUUCCCUCAGGAAAUCAGUUUUUCUGUUCAACAUGUGACACCGAGAUCCACAGAAAAAAUGUUUUUCAUGAUAGGGAAGCUAUGUUUGAUGGUUUUUUAAAACCUAUUCCACCAACAUCCUUAGUGGUGGUUGAUGAAAGUGGUCAGUAUCAACUCAGUGAACAAGUGUGUAUGCUUCCAAUUCCUCUACCAAUGCAAAUCUGUUCCUGUGGUCCAAACCAAGACUUCACAGUUCUCCCAGGAAAAUGA